UCCUUCUCAAAUCCAUUAACCUAUUUCUUAGGAAUCGAAGAUUCUGUUCAAGCUUUCCAAGUUCAAAUGGAGGUUAAUCUAGCGGCGGUCCCGUUUGAUGUCGAUUUUCACCCAUCCAGUCAAGUUGUUGCAGCUGGUCUAAUCACCGGUGACUUUCUUUUGUUUCGAUAUGCUGCAGAUACAGCACCAGAAAGGUUGCUGGAAGUGAAAGCACAUACUGAAUCAUGCAGGACACUUCGGUUUAUAAACGAUGGUCGCGCAAUUGUGACUGGUUCGCCAGAUUGCUCAAUUCUCGCAACAGAUGUUGAAACUGGAACUGCCAUUGCUCGUUUAGAAGAUGCUCAUGGGGAUUCUGUUAAUCGAAUUGUUAACUUAACUGAAUCAACAAUUGCAUCUGGAGAUGAUGCAGGAUGUAUUAAGGUGUGGGAUACUAGACAACGUGCUUGCUGCAACACUUUUGAUGCUCAUGAAGAAUAUAUCUCAGAUUUGACCUUUGCAUCUGAUUCCAUGAAGCUAUUGGGAACAAGUGGUGAUGGGACUUUAUCGGUUUGCAAUUUGAGGAGCAAUAAGCUACAAACACGAUCUGAAUUUUCAGAAGAUGAACUGCUCUCGGUUGUGAUCAUGAAGAAUGGUCGAAAAGUAAUAUGUGGAACUCAGACUGGAAAUCUUCUUUUAUAUUCAUGGGGAUUUUUCAGGGAUUGCAGUGAUAGGUUCGUUGAUCUUUCUCCUAAUUCUGUUGAUGCCUUGUUGAAGCUUGAUGAAGAAAGAGUUAUUGUUGGUUGUGAGAAUGGUAUCAUUAGCUUGAUUGGUGUAUUGCCUAAUAGAAUAAUUCAACCGAUUGCUGAACAUUCAGAGUAUCCAGUCGAACGUCUUGCAUUUUCGCAUGACAAAAGUUAUUUGGGCAGCAUAUCACAUGAUAAAACAUUAAAGCUCUGGUGUAUGGAUGAUUUACUGCAAGAUGAUGGAAAGACCCAAAAGACUAUGGAGGACAGUGACAGUGAUGAAGAUGGGAUGGAUAUGGAUAAUAACAAUUCAAAGUCUUCUUCCCGAGCAACCAAGAGAAAGUCUGAGAAAAAAUCAGUUGCUCUCGACUUUUCAGACAUGUAGAUGAAGAUUUUUCAUACAUAUUUUGCGGGUUGUGGAGUAUUGCAACGACGAUCCUUCAGUUGUUUUACUGAUUUGGUUAGGAGUAAUUUUGUAUGCAAUAUUUCAGUUUGUGUUUUUGUUGAUUUUGAUUAAAGGAGACUUUGAGCAAUAUCAAAUUAGGCAUAUGAUGUCGUGAUUUUGAUAUAUGAUGGAUGAACCAAUAUUUUCUUCAAAUGUUGAAAAAUUGUAUGAUUGUUACUCA